CCACCGUCCCAUGGUGCAUCUGCGCUUCCUUCUCUGGGAUUGGCUGUGCGUAGACAGAUGCUGACAGAUUGUGCCACGCCCCGGCCUGUCAUUUGUUACAAUGCGGGAGAUAAAACGCUUGUUCACCGGCAACUGAGGGGCGGAGCGUACUUUUUAGGCGCUUCUGAUUGCUGGAGGGAGGCCCCUCCCCUAUGAACGUCAUUGGGGCCGGCGCGCUGCGCUCUUUCUGCCUGUUCCGGGCCUCCGCCAUCUUGUUUUUGUGUCAGCACAGUCCGGCAGCGCGGGGGACCCAGAGUGAGAGGAGCGCAGCGUGGACCCGGGGGCAUUGAUGUCCAGCUCUCCGCUGUCCAAGAAGCGUCGCGUGUCCGGAUCUGAGACAAAGACGGGUUCAAACUGCUCUUCCUCCAAGUCUGUGAGCACAGAUCAGCCUGCUCCAGCCAACGGGAUGGCUCGUAACGGAAAUUCCACAGAAAUCGAUGAAGGUCUCUACUCACGGCAGCUCUAUGUAUUGGGGCACGAUGCCAUGAAGCGCAUGCAGAACUCCAAUGUUCUCAUCUCGGGGAUGAGUGGACUUGGUGUGGAGAUUGCUAAGAAUAUAAUCCUUGCUGGAGUCAAGUCUGUCACUAUCCAUGAUCAGCACAACACGGACUGGGCCGAUCUGUCUUCCCAGUUUUACCUGCGGGAGAGCGACAUUGGAAAGAACAGAGCGGAGGUGUCGCACCCACGACUGGCUGAGUUAAACACCUAUGUGCCCGUGUCUUCAUCCACAGACCCCCUGACUGACGAGUUCAUGUCUGCCUUCCAGCUGGUUAUUCUUACUGGCUCUUCUCUGGAGGAGCAGCUUCAAGUUGGAGACUUUUGUCACAGCCAGGACAUCAAGUUUAUUGUUGCUGACACCAAGGGUCUGUUUGGGCAGCUUUUCUGUGACUUUGGAAAAGAGAUGGUUGUGAUGGACCCAAAUGGGGAGCAACCACUGAGUGCAAUGAUUUCUAUGAUUACAAAGGAUAACCCUGGGGUGGUGACCUGUUUGGAUGAGGCUCGGCACGGCUUUGAGACUGGGGACUUUGUUACAUUUACUGAGGUCCGAGGCAUGACAGAGCUGAACGGAUGUGAGCCAGUGGAAAUCAAAGUUCUGGGCCCCUACACUUUCAGUAUCUGUGACACCAGCAGCUUCUCCGAUUAUAUCCGUGGGGGAAUUGUCAGUCAGGUGAAGAUGCCCAAGAAGAUCAGCUUUAAACCCCUGCGGGAAGCACUGCAGGAGCCUGACAUUCUCAUCACCGAUUUUGCAAAGUUUGAUCAUCCUGCGCUCUUGCAUCUGGGCUUCCAGGGACUUCAUGAGUUCCAGAAGAAACAUGGGCACCUCCCUAAAGCCCACAAUGAGGCAGAUGCACUGGAGGUGCUGGCACUCACACAAGCCAUCAAUGAGAAUGCCUCUGGCUCUAGUAAGCAGGAGGAGAUCAAGGAAAGCCUCAUCAAGCAGCUGGCAUACCAGGCUACGGGGAACCUUGCCCCUGUCAAUGCCUUUAUUGGGGGCCUGGCUGCACAGGAGGCAAUGAAGGCCUGCUCUGGCAAAUUCAUGCCUAUCAUGCAGUGGUUGUACUUUGAUGCCCUGGAGUGCUUGCCUGAGGAGAAUGCAGAUAACACCCUAACGGAGGAGACUUGCAGCCCAAAGAACAGCCGAUAUGAUGGCCAGAUUGCUGUGUUUGGCUCCGGUUUCCAGGAACAACUUGGCAAGCAGAAAUAUUUCUUGGUUGGUGCUGGUGCCAUUGGCUGUGAGCUGCUAAAGAACUUUGCUAUGAUUGGCUUGGCAGCAGGAGAUGGUGGGGAAAUCACUGUGACAGACAUGGACACCAUAGAAAAAUCCAACCUGAAUCGACAGUUUCUGUUUAGGCCUUGGGAUGUCACUAAAAUGAAAUCUGACACAGCAGCAGCGGCUGUCAAGCAGAUGAAUCCGAGCCUGCAUAUUACUGCUCAUGAGAACCGCGUGGGAAUAGAGACUGAGAAGGUGUAUGAUGACGACUUCUUUGAAGCUCUGGAUGGCGUGGCAAAUGCACUAGAUAAUAUUGAUGCCAGAAUGUAUAUGGAUCGACGCUGUGUGUAUUACCGCAAGCCUCUCCUGGAGUCGGGAACACUGGGGACAAAGGGAAAUGUUCAGGUCGUCAUCCCCUUCCUGACAGAGUCCUACAGCUCCAGCCAGGACCCACCUGAAAAAUCCAUCCCCAUCUGUACCUUGAAAAACUUCCCCAAUGCAAUUGAGCACACGCUGCAGUGGGCCCGGGAUGAAUUUGAGGGGCUCUUCAAACAACCAUCAGAAAAUGUUAACCAAUAUUUAACAGACCCGAAAUUCAUGGAGCGGACCUUAAAGUUGCCCGGAUCUCAGCCUUUGGAAGUAGUUGAAGCGGUAUAUAAGAGCUUGGUAAUGGAUCGACCCAAGAGCUGGGCAGAUUGUGUCUCCUGGGCCUCUAACCACUGGCACAUUCAGUACUCCAACAAUAUCCGGCAGUUACUGCACAACUUUCCUCCAGAUCAGCUCACUUCUGCUGGGGUUCCAUUCUGGUCUGGUCCAAAGAGAUGUCCCCAUCCACUGACAUUUAAUGCGAGCACUGGGCUGCAUGUGGAUUACAUCAUGGCCGCUGCUAACUUGUUGGCGUCGUCCUAUGGAAUCGCUGGCUCCAAAGACAGAGCUGCUGUGGUGGAAAUUCUCCGAAAUCUAAAGGUGCCUGAAUUUACUCCAAGAUCUGGAGUCAAGAUCCAUGUAUCGGACCAGGAGAUUCAGAACGCUCACGCCUCUCUAGAUGACAACCGCCUGGAGGAGCUGAAACAUACACUUCCCACCCCAGAGAGUCUCGGCAGCUUUAGAAUGUUCCCAAUUGACUUUGAAAAGGACGAUGACACAAAUUUCCACAUGGACUUUAUUGUCGCCGCUUCCAACCUAAGGGCAGAGAACUACGACAUCCCCCCGGCUGAUAGACACAAGAGCAAACUGAUUGCAGGUAAAAUCAUUCCCGCCAUUGCUACAACUACAGCCGCUGUGGUGGGUCUGGUGUGUCUGGAGUUGUACAAAAUCAUUCAGGGCCACAGGAAGUUGGAGUCGUAUAAAAAUGGCUUCCUGAACCUGGCGCUCCCGUUCUUUGGUUUCUCUGAGCCCAUUGCUGCCCCAAAGCACAAGUACUACGACAAUGAGUGGACUCUGUGGGACCGAUUUGAAGUAAAGGGGGUGCAGAGCAACGGCGAAGAGAUGACGCUCAAACAAUUCCUGGACUACUUUAAGGAUGAACACAAGCUGGAGAUCACCAUGUUGUCCCAGGGGGUGUCCAUGCUUUAUUCCUUCUUCAUGCCUGCGGCCAAGCUAAAGGAGAGGCUGGAGCAACCGAUGACGGAGAUUGUGACUAAAGUGUCCAAGAAGAAGAUCGGGAAGCACGUGAAGGCGCUGGUGUUUGAGCUUUGCUGUAAUGAUGAGACAGACGAGGAUGUGGAGGUGCCGUAUGUACGUUACACUAUCCGCUGAGGGGCCCCCGGGAGCCAAUGCUGGAGCAGCCACAGGCACUGGAGCACAUGGGGGCACAAGGAAUUGCAAUGACUGAUCUACUGUUCACUAGUAGCCCCCACUCCCUGAGGUUAACAUUGUGUGUGGGGGGAAAUGGGGGUGCAGGAGCCUCACUUGAUUCUCUUCUUGUCAGCUGUCUGCUCUCCUGUGUCCCCUUGUAGCACUUUGUGUGAUCAUUAACCCCCUCCUGCCAUGACUUGUCCAGCCUUGUCCCCUAUCUACGCAGUUCAGUACAGACCCCCAACUUCUCCCACUUACCCCCUAUCCCAGUUGCUUCAUGUUAAUGUCUUGUUGGCUUCUUGUGCUUGCGCCCCUCUGCCCCCACAGGCCGGCUCUGCCCCCUGCUGGUGAGAGGAUCAUGGCUUUGUUGCCACAUGCAUGGGGAGUAGUUGGGGUGCCACACGGGGCCCCUGAGCUGGGGCAGCUUUAGUGUAAGCGGGAGUACGAGGAUACUGCUGAUCUUUAGAAAUGUUUCUUUAUACUGUGUUUGAAUUCUGAGGAGAAAUAAAAGUGACCGAAAUCCA